AUGUCCUCAAAAACCAACAUGAUGGGCACUGGUAGCCAGGCCCAACAACAGGCCGGAUCUCGCUCCCAAACAGGCGCCGGCUCGAAGUCCCAAAAAGACCCCACCUCCGGCUGGAGCGUUGAAGAGAUGCUCGAGACUGGCCUUGACAAGAACGGCAACAUCGUCUCGGACGAUUACUCCUGGAUCGACGGUCGCCGUAUCAACAAGGGCCAGCACGGCGGCCAAGAAGCCGAUGAUGUUGCUGCGUCAAUGAACGAGCAUUUCGAACUUGGUCGGAGUAGUUCGAUUGCCAUAGCAACCAGGCGCACCGGGAUAGGCCUGAGCCGGCCUGAGGCUCCACGCCAUCCUCGAUCCGGCAAAACCCAAACGAAGCAGCCUGUGACGCUACAUGUCGGUGUUGUUGUCCCUCUCGAUGUUAUCCUCCUGCCAGGAGACCGAGAUGAAGAUGAAAAGCGUCGCGGUAGCUGUCUGAAGACGAGUGGAAUACUGUCAACUGUUAUCUUGCGGUGGCUUAUCUUCGUCGUCUCCCUUGCUUCGGCUGCAUUCCACGCUACUUGCCCGCAAGCGGCCCCUCGCACCUGCCUCUCCCUACUUCUUUCGUGUUUCCGCCUUAGUGGUACACCGACCUGCUGUAUGUACCAUCAAUUCAUCCGCCGCCAACGAGGAAUCGUCGCUCAACUAGAACAGACAUUGAGGGACAGUGAAGAGAUGGCGCUGGACCCGCGCUUCUACCACCACCUCGCGCCCGGCAUCGGGUCUGGCUCGCAGUCGUCCGCUUCGCUAUCGGGGUUCUCGUCGGCAACGGGGAUCACGAGUCCGUCUAUUCAGUCGUCUGCGGCUUCCUCUGCCGGUUUGCGGUCGACCGCGUCUAGUCCGUCGCUGCGGUCAAGGCAGGUUGUUAUUUCUAGGCCUUCUGAUGGCGUGCCGGGCCUUGGUCCUGGGGGGAAUGUUCGUGUCGUUGUGAGAGUGCGGAAGUUUCUGCCGAGAGAGCUCGAGCGCAAGGCACAAUGUUUGAUUUCGAUGGACCCCGAUACCCAGAUGACGAAGCUGAAGGCACCGAUUUCGCACUAUGAUGAAGGGAAACCAAAGUCUCAGGCUAAGGGGAAGGUGCUGGAUGACAAGGAAUUUAUCUUCGACAACUCGUUCUGGUCGCAUAGUGAGAAGGACGACCAUUAUGCUCACCAGGAGGAUAUCUACAAUUGUCUUGGCGAGGACUUUCUGGACCACAACUUCGAGGGCUACCAUACGUGUAUUUUCGCAUACGGUCAAACAGGUUCCGGCAAGAGUUAUACCAUGAUGGGUACUGCUGAGCAACCUGGUUUGAUCCCGCGGACAUGCGAGGAUCUGUUCCAGCGGAUAGAGCACGCCGAGUCUCCGGAUGUCAGCUAUAAUGUUCGCGUCUCCUACUUUGAAGUCUACAACGAGCAUGUGCGCGACUUGCUAGUACCCCGGACUGACCCACCGCAUUAUCUUCGAAUUCGCGAAUCGCCCAUCGAGGGACCGUACGUGAAGGAUCUUACCGAAGUCACCGUCAGGAAUUAUGCCGAGAUUAUGAAGUUCAUGCGCAAGGGCGAUGUCUCACGCACAGUUGCUAGCACUAAGAUGAACGAUACAUCCUCACGAUCACAUGCUGUCUUUACGAUUACCUUGAAACAGAUCCAUCAUGAUCUUUCUACAGACGAGACAACAGAGCGUACAGCGCGCAUCCGCCUUGUCGAUCUUGCCGGGUCCGAACGAGCCAAGUCAACCGAGGCAACAGGUCAAAGACUGCGCGAAGGGUCUAACAUCAACAAGUCCCUCACCACUCUGGGUAGAGUCAUUGCGGCCUUGGCUGACCCCAAGGCAGGACGGCCGGGUAAACGGAAAGGAAAGGAAGUUGUACCGUACCGUGACUCGAUUCUUACUUGGCUCCUGAAAGAUAGUCUUGGGGGCAAUUCGAAAACGGCCAUGAUUGCCUGUAUCUCACCAACAGAUUACGAAGAGACACUUUCCACACUGCGCUAUGCAGAUCAGGCGAAGCGCAUCCGUACGCGUGCGAGAGUCAAUCAGGAUCACCUGUCUGCUGCUGAACGUGACCGACAGAUCGAAGAGAUGGCAGAGACUAUCCGCACUCUUCAACUCAGCGUCAGCCAAGCCGCGCAGAAUCGCCGUGAAACCGAGGUCCAGAAUGAGCGGCUAGAAGAGUACCAGCAGAAGGUGGAGAAGCUUCAGCGGCUCAUGGAGGAAACCAAGAUGGUCAGCGAAUGCAAGAUCAGGCAGCUGCAGACCGAGAACGAGGCGUUACGCAAUCAUCUAAAACUGGCAUUGGAUAGCUUGAAGAACCCAAUACCACCGGUCACAGUCGAGAAAGCCUUCAGCGACGUCGAUAUCCCAGAUGAUGACGAGCCGAUCGACGAAGAGGACCGCCCAGGCUCGCCUACUUCAGAGGUAGACUCGGAACCAAACCUGAUCUGGGAGGAUGAUGACAUGCUGCCUGACCCAAGCGACAUGGAAGCUCAGGAGAUGCAAGCAACAAUGGAGAAUCUUCUGGGUGAUCUCGAUGUUUUCAAGCGGAAGCUGGCUACGGACCACGAACGCUUUGGCGCGAGCCGGAGAAACGAAAGCCGUAAACGACGACGAGCACUUGGGGAUAUCUUGGGCAAUUAA